GAGAGGACGGUAGGCGGCGGAUGGGAGAGCUGGCGCAGCUGCCCUGGUGGCAGUGGCUGAAGUGGCGGCGGCUUCGGCGGCUGCGGCGGCUGCAACAGCUUCGGGCUCGGGGUUUUGGCGGCGGCGCCGGCGGGCUGGGCUGCGCGGUGCGGACCCCGGCGCGCGGUCCGGGUUGCUGGGGCGGCGCGUAAGAUGCCUCUAAUGGAGGAGUUUCUGAGCAGCACCCCUGGCCCAGUGGCUUUGAAAGGGAGCUCAAACCAGAGACUGUUUCAAGCCCUGGAUAUCACAUCCUGAGGGCCACAGAAGAGAACAUGGCUGUGAAUUUGGAUGACGACGUGCCGCUCAUCCUGACCUUGGACGAGGGUGGCAGUGCCCCACUGGCUCCCUCCAACGGCCUGGGCCAAGAAGAGCUACCUAGCAAAAAUGGCGGCAGCUAUGCCAUCCAUGACUCUCAGGCCCCCAGUCUCAGCUCUGGGGGUGAGAGUUCCCCCUCCAGCCCCAUACACAACUGGGAGAUGAAUUACCAAGAGGCAGCAAUCUACCUCCAGGAAGGCGAGAACAACGACAAGUUCUUCACUCACCCCAAGGAUGCCAAGGCGCUGGCGGCCUACCUCUUUGCACACAAUCACCUCUUCUACCUGAUGGAGCUGGCCACAGCCCUGCUGCUGCUGCUGCUCUCCCUGUGCGAGGCCCCCGCCGUCCCCGCACUCCGGCUCGGCAUCUAUGUCCAUGCCACCCUGGAGCUGUUCGCCCUGAUGGUGGUAGUAUUUGAACUCUGCAUGAAGUUACGCUGGCUGGGCCUCCACACCUUCAUCCGGCACAAGCGGACCAUGGUCAAGACCUCGGUGCUGGUGGUGCAGUUUGUCGAGGCCAUUGUGGUGUUGGUACGGCAGAUGUCCCAUGUGCGGGUGACCCGAGCACUGCGCUGCAUUUUCCUGGUGGACUGUCGGUAUUGCGGUGGCGUCCGGCGCAACCUGCGGCAGAUCUUCCAGUCCCUGCCGCCCUUCAUGGACAUCCUCCUGCUGCUGCUGUUCUUCAUGAUCAUCUUCGCCAUCCUCGGUUUCUACUUGUUCUCCCCUAACCCUUCAGACCCCUACUUCAGCACCCUGGAGAACAGCAUUGUCAGUCUGUUUGUCCUUCUGACCACAGCCAAUUUCCCAGAUGUGAUGAUGCCCUCCUACUCCCGGAACCCCUGGUCCUGCGUCUUCUUCAUCGUGUACCUCUCCAUCGAGCUGUAUUUCAUCAUGAACCUGCUUCUGGCUGUGGUGUUCGACACCUUCAAUGACAUUGAGAAACGCAAGUUCAAGUCUUUGCUACUGCACAAGCGAACCGCUAUCCAGCAUGCCUACCGCCUGCUCGUCAGCCAGAGGAGGCCCACCGGCAUCUCCUACAGGCAGUUUGAAGGCCUCAUGCGCUUCUACAAGCCCCGGAUGAGUGCCAGGGAGCGCUAUCUUACCUUCAAGGCCCUGAAUCAGAACAACACACCCCUGCUCAGCCUAAAGGACUUUUACGAUAUCUACGAAGUUGCUGCUUUGAAGUGGAAGGCAAAGAAAAACAGAGAGCACUGGUUUGAUGAGCUUCCCAGGACGGCGCUCCUCAUCUUCAAAGGUAUUAAUAUCCUUGUGAAGUCCAAGGCCUUCCAGUAUUUCAUGUACUUGGUGGUGGCAGUCAACGGGGUCUGGAUCCUUGUGGAGACAUUUAUGCUGAAAGGUGGGAACUUCUUCUCCAAGCACGUGCCCUGGAGUUACCUCAUUUUUCUAACUAUCUAUGGGGUGGAGCUGUUCCUGAAGGUCGCCGGCCUGGGCCCUGUGGAGUACUUGUCUUCCGGAUGGAACUUGUUCGACUUCUCCGUGACAGUGUUUGCCUUCCUGGGACUGCUGGCACUGGCCCUCAACAUGGAGCCCUUCUAUUUCAUCGUGGUCCUGCGCCCCCUCCAGCUGCUGAGGUUGUUUAAGUUGAAGGAGCGCUACCGCAAUGUGCUGGACACCAUGUUCGAGCUGCUGCCCCGGAUGGCCAGGCACUUUCCAGUUGGUGAACCGACCAGGGGCAUGGCCCUGCAGUCAGCCCCGCGGGUCCGAGGAGGCCGGGGCUGCAGAGGAGCCGUUCCCUCCUGCCGGCCCCGCGUCACCCUGCCCCUGUCGCCCCACAGCCUGGGCCUCACCCUGCUCAUCUUUUACUACUCCUUCGCCAUCGUGGGCAUGGAGUUCUUCUGCGGGAUCGUCUUCCCCAACUGCUGCAACACGAGUACAGUGGCAGAUGCCUACCGCUGGCGCAACCACACCGUGGGCAACAGGACCGUGGUGGAGGAAGGCUACUAUUAUCUCAAUAAUUUUGACAACAUCCUCAACAGCUUCGUGACCCUGUUUGAGCUCACAGUUGUCAACAACUGGUACAUCAUCAUGGAAGGCGUCACCUCUCAGACCUCCCACUGGAGCCGCCUCUACUUCAUGACCUUUUACAUUGUGACCAUGGUGGUGAUGACGAUCAUUGUCGCCUUUAUCCUCGAGGCCUUCGUCUUCAGAAUGAACUACAGCCGCAAGAACCAGGACUCGGAAGUUGAUGGUGGCAUCACCCUUGAGAAGGAAAUCUCCAAAGAAGAGCUGGUUGCCGUCCUGGAGCUCUACCGGGAGGCACGGGGGGCCUCCUCGGAUGUCACCCGGCUGCUGGAGACCCUCUCCCAGAUGGAGAGAUACCAGCAACAUUCCAUGGUGUUUCUGGGACGGCGAUCAAGGACCAAGAGUGACCUGAGCCUGAAGAUGUACCAGGAGGAGAUCCAGGAGUGGUAUGAGGAGCAUGCCAGGGAGCAGGAGCAGCAGCGACAGCUCAGCAGCAGCACAGCCCCCACCGCCCAGCAGCCCCCAGGCAGCCGCCAGCGCUCCCAGACCGUUACCUAGCCCAGCGCCCGAAAGCCGUCUCUUCUAUGCAAUAACACAAUAGUAUUACUCUACUGCGAUGUACGGAACUGCGGUGUGUGUACACAUACUCACGUAUAUGCACAUAUUUAUACACAGGAAGAAAGAAGACAGACAAGAUGGAGCUUGGUUUAUAACCACCUUGCCCUGUCUUCCUUAACUCCAGAAGCCAGUUUGGUGAGGGGUGGGGUGCGGCCACCAGGUCUGAGCUCUUCCUACUGUGGAAGGCUCCAGAAGCCCCUUCACAAGGAGACCCCUCACCUGGAUCCAGUCGACUCUGUGGGGCUUGCCCCCCGCGUGGGCUGGUCUCCACUGGCCACGUCCAAAGCCGUCACUGCUACUGCUUCAGGCUCACGUCCCCCCGACCUGAUGGCGUGCCCGUCCCCUCUCCCUGCGGCCCAUGCCACAGGUUUCUGCGUUUUGCUUUAGGGACAGAACCACUUAGGAAGGAAAGAACUCCCGGUCUCCAGGGUGGUAUUUCAGUGUCUGUGAUAAUGUCAUGCAACACCUCUUCGGGGACCAGUGCCCAGGAUCUAAUGGGAAGCGGAAUUGGGGCGACUGUGCCCAUGUGGCCAGAGCUCAGUUAGCCAGUGCUGGGCAGCCACAGAUUAUACUGACCAAUCUCCUCCCUGGGCUCUGCAAGCCUCCCACCCAGCUUUCUCUGGCUUAAUCCUUGUUGGUGAAAAUCCUUCCACAGUGGCCUCCUUGGGGACCCAGACCCCGGAGGAAGGGGCAUGAGGCAGGAAGUGGGGCCGAUGUCUGCAACCCAGACCACUUUGUGGAAUGGGCUCUCAACCAAAUCCCUUUUUUUGUGAUUUGCCCAUUCAAGCAAAACAACAUUUUGCUUCAUUAAGGAUUGUGCUAAAGCCGAUACCAGGUCCUUCACACGUGUGCACUAGGAACAGGAGCGAACAGCACAGAGAGACGCUCCCGGUGGGACGCAGCAGCCCUGUGGCCCCGGUCCAGCUCCCAGCCACCCUCCCUGGCUCUGCUCACACCAGAGAUUUCGGUAGCAGGAGCGGUUGGUGCAGAAGUAGGUUCAGAUGAACCUCAGUUAACGUCGCCACCCUGCCCUCCCGCCAUAGUACCCUGUAGGAGCCCUGUAUGACAUCUGAGCGUGGUGGAGGUAGGAGGGUUGCCAGCUGCAGUGACCCUGCCACAGAGGCAGGGUCAGUGCAGAGGUCGCUUUGGUUCUGCUUCCCUGGGCCACAGAACGGAACACAGCACAGGAGCCGCAGCGGCAGGAUGGAGGGUGCGGAGGGCAAGGAGUGCACUGCUGGGCAUUCCUGGCCAGCCCCAGCCCUCUGGUGCCUGCUUCCUGUGACUUCAGAAGGCAGGUGGACAGAGGCUCCCUCUGGCCUUGUCCUUUUCUCAGACACAGAACGGGCAGGGUGGCACCCAACCCCAGGGGAGCAGUACCUGGUCCCCCAACCCCUCCUCCCAACCACCUCCAAGGCCAAGCUGGGUCCCAUAGCCAGCACGGCAUGGUUCUCCCCUUCCCCCCUUCCCAGGUCAGGGGAGUUGGACAAGUGGCAGUUGUUUGUUUUUAAAGCACAGCCCUUUGGGGAAGCAACACAUUAUUGAGAAUCACUGUGAUUCCCCCGGGAGUCAGACUGGCUUUGUCCUCAUCCUCUCUGGAGGGCCACGAGCCAUCACCGGGAGCUCCACGUCGAGCCCUAGGCCAGAACCCCCUCCCUUUCACAGAGAGGGAACUUUAUUGCACAAUUGGGUGCCUUUUAGCUUUUGUGUGUUGAAAUGGGCAUUUUGGAAGCAAGGGUCAGGGGACAGCUUCUAAAGGUGUGAGUCUCUGACCUGAGCAUCUGGGCCUUGCCUCGGCCCUUCCUCCCCAGGGGUGGACACCUGGAGGGGCCAGCAGUGCCCCGGGGUCUGCCCAGGGGAGUCGAGGCCCCCAGGUGGGAGGGCCUAUUCCAGGAGGAGUGGGACCUCGGCCGUCCAGAGCGAGUUAAUGUGUCCAUCCGCCCAACCCUGUCCUGAGAAAGGACCUGGUUUUGGCCAGGACCCAACAAAUGCCCAAUGGCAGCAGUGUCAACAGACGAGAGUCCAGCCAGGGUGGGUGCCCUUGUCAUUGAGGUUAGGGACAGCAAUCCCCAGGUUAUGCCUGGCCCCACCCAGCAGGGAGUUGGGGUCCCCCCACAGGCUGUGAGCUGUGGGCCCUGGGAUGUGAUUUAGCUCAGAUGCCCUCUCGUCCUUGAUGUCACGGUUGAGUGCACCCAAGUGGCACCCACUGGCGGCCAGGGGCACAGCCUGGUGGUGGCGGCAAUAGAACUGUGCCCCUCCUCAGCUCCUCGCUUCCCCUCCCACAGCCCCAGCCUUACUCCACCAUGCGGACAAUCAUUUUGUACGGAUCACAGGAGCAAUGCUGUACGGUUUUGUACAUUGGUGGUUUGUUUCCUAGAAAACCCACUGUGUCUCUGGAUUUCUAGCUUAUUAAUAAAAGAGCCUCUGCUUUGUAAA